AUGGACACAGAUCUUCUCGACGGCGUUCUCGGACUAGAAGAAGAAUUUUACAAAGAAGGAUACGCACUCGGCGUUACAGACGGAGCUCGCGCGGGAUACACAGAAGGAAGCGUCUUCGCCGUCGAAAAUGCAUUUGAGAAACUACUUCAGCUAGGGAAGUUGUACGGCAAGGCGCUGGUAUGGAACCAGCGGCUGAUUAGCUCUGCUACUACUUCAGCUUUGUCUAGUCCUGUUGCGAAAACAGAAAAUGCAGCAGCAGCAGCAACAACAGACGAGGGGCCUCCCGUUUUCGACACUGACAUCUGCCAAUCAAUGCCAGGCCUUCAUCAGGGUUCGAGAUUGGCAAAGAAUAUACAGACUCUUCUUGCAUUGGUUGAUCCCGCGACGCUUGUGCUGGAAAAUAAUGAAGAUGCGGUGUCGGAAAUCGAGGAGAGACUUCGCGGGGCAGCGUUGAAGGCGAAGUUGAUUCAGCGGGCGUUGGGGGAGUCUUUUGACGAGGGAAGCGACCUGAAUAGUACGAAUAAUAGAAAUAACUUGUCCAGCAGGCAUGAUUUGCAGGGUCGCGGAGAUGGGUCGGGCAGCAUUGAGGAUAUUAGCUCGUUACAUAUUCGACAUUGA